UUUUAAAAAAAUAAGGUCAUUCGACAUUCUAUAAUCAUAUACAAUGGCGCCUACUAACACACCAUCAAUACAACUUGCUAACAUAUGGACAGCUGCUGGGGAUGGACAGCUGGAUAGAGUCAAGGAACUUGUGGAAUCCGGAAUCGAUACAAAUUGUCAUGAUGAUUUCGGCUAUACCCCAUUACACGCGGCUGCGUCCUACGGCCAUUUGGACGUCAUAGAAUAUCUGGUUUCACAAGGAGGCAAUAUCGAUAUUGAGGACUUUGAUGGCGACACUCCCCUCUUUGUUGUGGAAUCACCAGAAGCUGCCAAAUUUUUGAUUGAAAAGGGUGCUGAUGCAUCUCACCGUAACCAUGAAGGAACAACACCUGCUAUCAAUGCCGCCUCGGAAGGAUGGAGAGAGGUUGCCGAAGAAAUCGCAAAGGUCACAGGAGAGACCUUAGCUGAAGAAGAGGAAGAAGAUGAAUUGGCUCAUGUCGCAGUGGGCGAUGAUGAGGACGAUGGCGCAUUUUUGCGUCAAGUUGAACAGGUUAUUCAGCAAACAGAACAAGACGGACUGAACAGAGAUGAACAGUUGCGCGGUUUAGUAUCACAAAUGGUUAUGCGUCAAAUUCAAGAAGACAGCAAAAAAUAGAUAAACUACUUCCGCAACUACAUUUGGUCAGGCAUCGAACAAUAAAACAUCGUAUCUAAUGGAUUGAGCUUUCUGUC